AUGGAGUUGAAAGGCUUCAAUCUGAGGCUGUUGCGAGAACGAUUUCGUCCAGAAGCCCGCAGAUGUGCGGUCGCGAGCGCGUCUGAUCAUCGUGUGAUUUUCGCGGGCUCGGUUCACGAGGGCUUCGCAGCGUCCAACCCAUACGUAAUCGGUUUCGCUUGUCAUCUUAUUUUAUACUUGCAUUCAGAAAGGUACGAAACCAUGUUUGUAGCACUCUCUGCGAGUAUUUUUUCUGCUCGAACAAGAGAAAAUUGUCGUUCGUUUGCUACGCAUCAAUAUCGCUACCGUCUUCGCCGUUUCUCUACCAGCCAUUCGUCACUUGGAGUCGUCUGUGCGCGACUGGCGACUGACUGGGAGCGUGCGUUGCCACCGCGUCGUCUUGUUGGCGACUGGGAGCUUAAGCGGGAGCUGGGGCGCCCAGAUAUGGACUUACGUGUACUGGUCGGUCUGCGUCAAGAGUCGCGAAACGAAUCGAUUUUCGGUGUGCUCAUUGGCGUCGUUACUCUCGCUGCAUUUGCCCCGGCUCUGGCACAAGCCAGUUCCGUGCAGGGCGCCCAACAGCUCCAGAACGUCGCCGCUGUGGUUUCUCUAGGCGGUAUGGGUGCCUGGGCAUUCGACACGCUCGCGCUCCAAGGGCGAGUUGCCGCCUGGCUGCAGAAGCGCUGGCUCACUGACCCAAAACGAAUCGCCGUGCACGAGGCUGGACACGUGCUAUUGUCACACGUUCUCGGAUACGAGUUAGAAAACUAUUCACUGGGGCAAGACCGCACGAAUCUGCUGGCUGGAAAGACGGGUGUUGUACUUACCGAAGGCCUACGAGCGCCGACGUCAGGCCCGGUGUCAGCGAGUGAGUCGUUUGCGCUUCUGUCAGUAGCAGGCAUUGCUGCUGAGGCAAUUUUCUUCGGGGAUGCCGAGGGUGGCAUGGAAGAUCUGGCCACCUUGUCUCGAUAUUUUCGUCGUACAGAGCCCUUUUUGAACGCAGAUACGCAAGCGUCUGUGCGAUGGGCCAUGUUGGCCGCACUUCGUAUCUGUAACAUGCAUCGCGCGGAGUUAGAGCAGAUCGCCGAGGCGCUACUCCUGGGCAAAUCAGUGAAGGAAUGUGCAGAAAUAAUUUUUAGGGAAUGCCCGAAGCCACUCGCGGAGCUUGCGCAGUAG